GCCCUGCUCCGUCUCGCCGACCACCUGCUGGCUGACUACGAGAAGGGUGUUCGGCCGGUUCGGGACUGGCGAACAACCACCAACGUGGCCAUCGAUGUCAUGGUGUACGCCAUCCUCAGCGUGGAUGAAAAAAACCAGGUGCUGACCACGUACAUCUGGUACAGACAGCACUGGAUCGACGAGUUUCUUCAGUGGGACCCAGCGCACUUUGACAACAUCACGCAGAUCUCUCUCCCCACCGAGAGCAUCUGGGUGCCUGAUAUCCUCAUCAAUGAGUUUGUGGACGUUGGGAAGUCCCCCAACAUCCCCUAUGUCUACGUUCACCACUAUGGCGAAGUCCGGAACCUCAAACCCAUUCAGGUGAUGACUGCCUGCAGCCUGGAUAUCUACAAUUUCCCCUUUGAUGUCCAGAACUGCUCACUCACGUUCACCAGUUGGCUGCACAACAUCCACGACCUCAACCUCUCGCUGUGGCGGCAGCCGGAGCUGGUGAAAUUUGAUAAGAACGUCUUCAUGAACCAGGGCGAGUGGGAGCUGCUCUACGUACUCAGCCACUUCCAGGAGUUCAGCAUCAAGGGCAGUGACCGCUAUGCCGAGAUGAAGUUCUGCGUAGUUAUCCGGAGACGUCCCCUCUUCUACGCUGUCAGCCUGCUGCUCCCCAGCAUCUUCCUGAUGGUUAUGGACAUAGUGGGCUUCUACCUACCUCCCAACAGUGGCGAGAGGGUCUCUUUCAAGAUCACCCUACUGCUGGGCUACUCAGUCUUCCUAAUCAUUGUAUCUGACACGCUUCCAGCUACUGCUAUUGGCACCCCAUUGAUAGGCAUCUAUUUUGUGGUGUGCAUGGCAUUGCUAGUCAUCAGCCUCACGGAGACCAUCCUCAUUGUGCGCCUAGUGCACAAGCAGGACCUGCAGCCACAAGUCCCUGACUGGGUGAAGCACUUGGUGCUGGAACGAGCCACUGCCCUGCUCUGUAUCCGGGACAGGAACAAAUUCAGCUCCAGCAAGACACAGAGCUCGGACAUCUCUGGGCACAUGGAGAAUAAUGACAGCACAGCCAAGCUGAACCACUGCAGCUGUGAGGAUCCCCAGGAGUGUGAGGUGGCAGCAGACACCAGGUCCAUGCCUGCCUUUCCCACAGAGGCCGAGGGCUGUCGGCUCAUGCACAGCCUCCUGCGUGAGAUCACCACUAUCCGCCAGUUCCUCGAGAAACACGAGGAGUUUCACGAUGUGGCCCGCGAGUGGCUGCAAGUGGGCUACGUGUUGGACGUGCUGCUCUUCCGGGCAUACCUGGUGGCAGUCCUGGCCUACAGCGUCACGCUGGGCACCCUCUGGUCUGUGUGGCGGUACGCCUGA